AUGUUCUCUACAAUCAGACAAGCUGCUCGUGCGCGAACGAUGUCCUUGACGACUGCAAGGACAAGUCCCUCGAAUAUCAUGCGCAUUCCCGGUUGUCGGACUAUCGUUACAAAAAAGUAUACCGAGGAGCACGAAGUCGUUGCUUUUGACGAUGAGACUGGAUUGGGUGCUGUGUCUAUAACGCAUCAUGCGCAGGAGAGUCUUGGAGAUGUUGUGUUCGUGGAGCUUCCUGCCGUAGGCACGAAAGUUUCAAAAGGCGACCAGAUUGGUGCAGUUGAGAGCGUCAAGGCGGCCUCGGAUAUAUAUGCACCAGUAUCUGGCAUAGUCACUGAGGUGAACGAGGCCUUGAAUUCUGAACCUGGACUCUUAAACCGCUCUCCCGAAGAAAAAGGUUGGCUGUGUAAAAUCAAGCUUUCUGCUCCCGAGGAAAUCAAUGCACUGCUCACGCUCGAGAGCUACAAAGCGACUUGGGAAGCGUGA